CGGACGCUUCCAAAGGACCGCCUCGAGUUUUCGCGCCCCGCUCUCACCGAACCUCCCGUACGACAACGACAUGGCGACCCCAGAUCCGGGUGCUUCCUCACGCAGGCACUCCUUGGCACCACUGGACGAGGGCGGAGUUGCAGCGGCUGUGGCAGUCCCGACGGGAGCGGCUCCCGUCGUUCCGGCGUACGUGCCCCCGGCGCACGUCUACGUAGAGGAUGAGGACGAGGUCGAGGAGAUGAUGAGGCCUCAGAGACAAGUUCUGCAGCCGGUUGGUGGUGGUGCCUCCAGCGGACCCAGUACGCUCUGCAUAAUAUGCACGAUGAUGAUAAGCAUGAUUGUGGCUUCGGCGGCGACCUUCUACAUUAUCAACAAGAACAGGACGCUCCUGGAGGCCACUACUCUCACCACACCGUCGACACCGAAGCCGCACGUGGUGUUCCCCACGAAGAACGACACGGGCCUAGACGGGGGCGAUCUCCAUGGCGCCGAAGAAGACCACGUCAUGAGCGAUGACGGAGAGUCCACGGUCGCGCAAGACACGUGACUGCCAGUCACCUUGAAUGCAGUAUUGGCGAUUAGCAUUGUCGUUUUUUUGUGUAGUUAUCGCCAAAUGAAUUAAGACAAUAUCAAUUAAGACUUUGUCUUUAUUUAAGUACCUAUAAUUUCAUUAUAAUUGCACUGUUCUUAGGAAAUAUAUGUGUAGUUAUCGCGAAAUGAAUUAAGACCAUGCCAAUUAAAAUUUGUGGUUAUUUAA